AUGGGCAGCGUCGGCGGCGAUGGCCUUGCGGUUGAGAGCCAGGGGGGAGAAAAACCAUCCGGCCACCGCAGGAUGGCGGGGGCACCGUUGCGGGCGAUGAGGGUGGCGUGCGGGGGUCUCAUAAACGACCAUAAAAACACACACGGGGAUGUGCCGCGGCCGCUGCCAUCCGCACCACCAAGGUGGAACAACCCCCACCAGCCUACCUUCAGCAGGGGGGGGGCAUUUUCGGCCAGGUACCCCCAGCGGGCUUCCAGGGAUUUCCAGCUGCGCCAGAGCCACUCCUGGAGGAAAAAAUACUCCCUUGUCAACCGGCCGUCGGGAUCGACAGGCGACGUUGGAAGCGGUGGAAGUGCCAGCACUUCUUGGGCUUUUGGAAGCCAUGGGGACAGCCCGGCACCUGAGCCACCAGAAUCGUCCCCGGAGAGACACGUGGACUUAACCACAGAUGCGGUUGCUGCUCCAGGUGACAGUAAAACCGUGCAGAAAUCUCCGUAUGCAAGCCAAAAUGAAGAGAGAAGACCCUCUCUAUCUGUUUCAUUUAGUUCAUCUCACCGGUUCGUGAGUUCAGCAUACGUGAGUGUGUUGGAUAAGCCUAGAACGGUGCAUCUGUCCGGUGACGUGGCUGGGAGCUCCCCUGCCUCCUGCGAAAGCACCAGUGAAAGCGCUGUGACGCUGAAAUCGGAGCCGCAGCAGCCUUCGGUGUUGCCAGAUCGUGAGCCGGCUCGGCACUUGGUACGGAGAAAGGUGGAACCGCCAGCUCCAGGGCAGUUUAGUUGUGAGCAAGGCAGGGAUGCUUUCAGAGAGCCGAAGCUCCUUGGAAAUGGCGAGACGUGCUCGAGACCUGCUCAGGCUGAGACUUUGGUAGUUGGGAUGACUUCAGUGAAGAGCAGGUUUUCCAUAGUCCCCAAAGCUGCCGGUCUCCAAAGACCUGCUUCGACAGCCAUCUCUAGCAAAGCUCCAAAGUUCAGGAAAACUAAUUACACGUGGGUCGCAAACCCUGGUAAAUGCUCUCGUGCUGUGAAGAGAUGGGUCAGCCCUAGAGCUUCUGAAAGUGCUAAGAAGGUCGCUGGUGGAGCAGACAGAGGUGCUAAACUAUCACCAAAAGCAGACUUGGGAGCAAAGCUGAAGAAAUCAGGACUGCAGUCCAAACUGGGUGUUUCUCCCAGCAAGUAUAAGUGGAAAGCCUCCAGCCUCCAGACCUCGCCCUCCACCUCCAAGUCAGCAUUCAGGUGGCGAUCUGAGGAUCAGAAAAAGCCACCAGCUCCCAACCUCCCUCGAGCUGGUGCUGCCCCACCACCUCCGAGCACUGCUUCUGCUGGUCUCGGCGGGGUGAAGUCCACCUUUGGUGAUGCUGCACUGUCCAGUUAUAAAGUGAAGAGUCGGACAAAAAUCAUCAAGAGAAAAGGAAGCUCGGGCUCCCCGACAGAUAAGAAGAACAGUUCCUCACCCACCACACCUCUGAAAAGUCACUUCCAUCUCAGGAAGAAAAACUCCUCGCGGGGGAAACCUUCUGCGAUGCUGAAACGCUCCUCGCCCAAGGGCCUGGUGCAGAUCACCAAGCACAGGCUCUGCAGGCUGCCGGCCACCAGGAUGCAGAUCUCCACCAAGGAAGGAACCAGCUUGCACUUUGUCAGGAGCCCCCCAGCCAACAAGGUGAUAAAGACGCGCUACAGGAUAGUGAAGAAGAAUGUGGUGUCUCCAGCUUUAUCAUCCUUCAGCAGCCCCGUUCCCAACUGGAAGACGAGGCGCCCCGUGACGUCCAGAUCCCCACUAUUAAACCAAAUGCGCCCGUCGCCUCAAGGUGGGAAAUCCCAGCACGUGCAACAGAGAUGGAGGAGCAAAGGCUAUCGCUGCAUCGGCGGGGUCAUGUACCGAGUGUCGGCGAAUAAACUCUCCAAGACAUCCAGCACGCCCAGCCGGGGCAGAGACCUGAGCACCAAGAGCCCUGGUAGAGCAGCAAAGUUGCACUGUACGCCCAGUCCUGGCUCCUCGCCCUCCGGCUGCCUGAACAGAUCAUCCACGAGCCGAUACAUCGCCAGCCGUGCUGUUCAGCGAAGUUUGGCCAUCAUUCGUCAAGCCAAGCAGAAGAAAAAGAAGAAGGAAUACUGUAUGUACUACAACCGCUUCGGCAAGUGUAAUCGUGGGGAGAGCUGCCCCUACAUCCAUGAUCCAGAAAAGGUGGCCGUCUGUACCAGGUUUCUCCGUGGCACAUGCAAGAAGACAGAUGGGACCUGUCCAUUUUCCCACAAGGUGUCCAAAGAUAAGAUGCCGGUGUGCUCCUACUUCUUGAAGGGGAUCUGCAGCAACAGCAACUGCCCCUACAGCCACGUCUACGUGUCCAGGAAGGCAGAAGUGUGCCAGGAUUUUCUCAAAGGCUAUUGCCCCAUGGGAGAAAAGUGCAAGAAGAAGCACACACUGGUUUGCCCCGACUUUGCCAAGAAAGGUGUCUGCCCCAGGGGGGCCCGGUGCAAGCUGCUGCACCCACAGAAGAAGCGCCACCCAAGAGAGGCAGAAGAUGGGGACCGCAGCGAACCCCCCUCCAAGUGGAGAUGGGUCCGGGAGGAGACGGGCAGGAAUGAUCCAGCUCAGCUCCACGAUGAUGGGGAAAUGCCUGGACCCUCCAGCGCGGAGCAAGAGAUGAAAUUUGGGAAAGAGGCGGACACCUCAACCACCAGCUGGCUGCAAAAGCUGCCGUCCUUCAUCUCCCUCCAGUCCUCAGCAUCCCCCGGUGACCAGGGCUGCAAAGUGGAGAAGGACGAGGAAGAGUCGGAGGACGAGCCAGGUAGGAAGCACUUGCUCUCCAUAGGUUUUGGUGGGAUCAGUGUUCCUGGUGAGUUGCCAAACCAGUUACGCUGGGAGCUCAAACUGGGAUGGCAACUGGGAUUUGCAUCUCUGGUCACACAGGGACACGAGCCCCUGGCUCUGCUCCCGAAACCACGCGGUAGGAUUUUGUCCCCAUCUUUUUGUCAUCGGCUCCUUCUUCCUUAUUCUACAAAUGAUCUGAUGAUAAAUCCAGUCUCGUUCCUGUGAUGGAGCCGCAGCGGUCCCUAGUGGGAGGGUGCUUCAUCGCUGGGUCCGCAGAAAGACCCUCUGGACCGUCUUAAGACCUCUGGGCCGUCUCAGGACCUCUGGACCAUCUCUGGAUCUCUGGGCCCUCUCAGAACCUCUGGACCACCUCAGGACCUCUGAACCACCUCAGGAUGUCUGGGCCAUCUCCGGAUCUCUGGACCACCUCAGGACCUCUGGGCCAUCUCAGGACCUCUGGGCCACCUCAGGACCUCUGGACCACCUAAGGACCUCUGGGCCAUCUCCGGAUCUCUGGACCACCUCAGGACCUCUGGACCACCUCAGGACAUCUGGGCCAUCUCAGGACCUCUGGACCAUCUCUGGAUCUCUGGACCACCUCAGGACGUCUGGGCCAUCUCAGGACCUCUGGACCACCUCAGGACAUCUGGGCCAUCUCAGGACCUCUGGACCAUCUCUGGAUCUCUGGACCA